AUGGAGUCAUAUCAGAGGGCGUAUCCUCUUAUAUUGCGCCUGCACAUGCUGACAGAAAUCGAACAUGUCCUGCAUCUUUUCUUUAGCCAAGCAGACAAGAGCCAAGACGCAAAGAGGAUGGUCAUUGAGACUGUGAAGAGCUCAUGGGAAAAGAGGUUUGAGCACACACAGGCGGGGCUGAUGGGAAGAGAGCCUCUGCUUGCUCUGCGACGUGUGCUCUUUCAAAUGUUGGAUCUCAAAGCAGAAGUGGCUGAUAGUUGGCUCUACUUUGCAAAGGCAGCUCGACAUGCUGGGCAUGAAAGUACAGCACAUAGUGCGAUCAUGCAAGCAGAAAGGUACGGGGCAUUAAAGGCUCACGUUGAGAGGGCGAAGCUGAAGUGGAGCAAUCCGAUGGAGCGAUAUGACGCGGUUCGAGUCCUGAGGGAAUACAUCGAUAUCCAUAGUCAGUCGCCUACUAGUGACAUGGGAAUAACUGCCAAGGCGAUCGUGCUCCAUUGGAAGUGGACCCAAGAGCUGGGAAUGCAAGAGAUUUCUCAGAUCAUUGAAAAUUUUCAAGAGCAUUGCACACGUUUGCCUGCCAACCAUCGAGAAUCAGAGAAAAUCAACUUUCUUCUUGGGCAUUUCUUCGACAUCUCACUCUUUCCAGACAGAACAGGUGCAAGUAAGUUCGAAGGGAAUGGCAACAAUGGUUGUCGAGUCACAAACAGAAAAGACAGUCAACUCCUUCCUUCCAUCCUGAAUCACUACGCGACCAGCCUUCAAUACGGGCACAAGUACAUUUUCCAAUCCUUACCACGACUGCUUACGUUAUGGUUUGAAAACGCGGAAAACCCAAGCGUUUCACCAGAGAUAAAGAAGCAGCUCCAUCAAGCCCUUCAGAAGAUGAAGAGCAAUGUUCCUUCUUACACAUGGUUGUCUGUGUUCUCGCAACUUAUUUCACGUAUUUGUCAUACGGACCCAGACGUUCUCUCGUGUCUCAUCAGCAUCAUCGCGUCUGUCUUCAUCAAGCAUCCAGCCGAGUGCUUGUGGCAGAUGGUUGCUGUCGUCAGGUCGAAUCAACCUCCUCGCAGGAAACCGGCGAGAGAAGCCUUGACCAUGGCGUUGAAUCAGUUGAAGAACGACCAGAACCUUCGCAGCAAAGUGGAGGACAUCCUGAAAGCGUACAUCGGGCAAGAUCACAGGCACGGUUUCGUGGACGAGCUGGUCAAACUCUGCAAUGUAGCGUGGAAGAAGGAUCUCAAGUCCAAGACGAUGAACAUACAGCAGGAAGGCGUCAACCUGAUCCGAAUGAUGAAAUCGCCGCAGAUGAAGAACAAAAUCCUCAUGCCUGAGCAAGCCAUGUUGAUCCCAGUCCUGCCCUGCGAUGGCAGAGCAAGCAUGUCGCACAAUCCCUAUCCAGAGAACUCUGUCUUUGUGAAGGACUUCGAAGAGCAGGUCGAAGUGAUGCAAUCAGUUCAAAAACCUGUUGUUGUGCGAAUCCUUGGCAGUGAUGGAAAGGGCUACAGGUUUCUAUGCAAGCCCAACGAUGAUCUAAGAAAAGACAGUCGGAUGAUGGACUUCAACACGAUGAUUAAUCGUUUGCUGCUCAACGACAGUGACUCCAGGAAACGCAAUCUUUGCAUAAGAACAUUUGCUGUUGUUCCAUUGAACGAGACCAACGGUAUCAUCCAGUGGGUGAACAACACGAACGUGAUUCGAGGGAUCCUGAACGCACUUUACGAGUCAGAGUUUGGCAAGGACUACCACAGCACCAAGAAGAUAUCUGACAUGUACUCAAAGCGGUUAAAGCCCAAAGGAGAUCUCCACGAGAUAGACUUCUACAGGCUAUUGACCAACAAGUAUCCUCCAAUCUUCCACAAGUGGUUCUUGAACAACUUCAGAGAUCCAGCUACCUGGGUGCUGGCUCGCAACGCGUUUGUUCGCUCAACCGCCGUAUGGAGCAUGGUCGGCUAUGUGAUCGGCCUGGGCGACAGGCAUGCCGAGAACAUUCUGAUCGAGUCAACGUCUGGCGAUUGUAUCCACGUGGACUUUGCCUGCAUCUUCAACAAAGGCGAAACUCUCCAAGUGCCGGAAAGAGUUCCCUUCCGCCUGACCCCAAACAUGAUCGACCCGAUGGGCGUGUGCGGGUACAAGGGAGCCUUCACUAGCAUGUGCACUGUAACCAUGAGGAUUCUCAGAGACAAUUGGGACUCGCUCAUGAACGUGCUGGAAACUUUCGCUCACGACCCCCUCGUCGAGUGGAUCAAGAAGGACAGUGACCGGCAUCAAAGUGAAAGCACGCAGAAGCUCGGCAAAUGCGAGCGGAGGCUACGGGGGGAGGUUACGAGGUUCCCAGACCGGCGAGACAUCAGGCAGCUCUUGUCGGUGAGCGGACAAGUCAGAGCAGUGAUAGCAGAGGCAGUUGACCCUGAGAACCUCAGUCAGAUGUACAAGUGGUGGAUGCCAUGGUUGUAG